GGAACUCCUCUCUAUCCAGGCGUGGGAAAUGAGUCUCCGCCUCAGGGCACUGGUUCCUGUCAGUAAACCUCCUGUGAUUGCAGCAAGGACCGUCUCUCAGGAGUUCUUGGGGGGUCGUGUUAUCCCGAGACUUGAGUGAGAGUCUCCCUACUCCGGGAGUCUUUCACCAGCAUGCUUGAAAUUAACAACCCUGUUGCUGAUUGCAUACGUGGAUGUUGGUCUUUUGAGGGAGUUCUCCAGGACUCUAAUAGGCACAAAUCCAGAAACUGAAGAAUCCCCAAUGGGGUCCGGGGAUUUCCUUCCCACAGACUUCUGGGAAAUGUAGUCUCAGGGAAUGUGACAUCGCAGGGAGACAAGCAGGAAAUCCGCAUUCAAGGUUUUGGUCUCCACGAAAUGCUGUCCUUCUCAGAUGUGGCCAUCGAGUUUUCUCCAGAAGAGAGGGAAUGUCUGGAGCCUGCUCAGUGGAAUCUGUACAGGGAUGUGAUGUUGGAGAAUUACAGCCACCUUGAGUUCCUGGGUCUUGCUGUUCCUAAGCCACACCUGGUGACAUUUCUGGAGCAAAGACCAGAGCCUUCAGAUAGGAAGAGACGAGCAGCAGUCACCGUGCACCCAGGAAAAACACUCAGUGAUUAUAAUGUUUACGACAAAGCCAUUGACUGUAACUCACUGUACAUUCAACACCAAAGAAUUCGUACAAGGGAGAAACCCUUCAAGUGUGAAGAGUGUGGUAAGGGCCUUAGUUCUUCUAAAGCACUUUCCACGCACCAGAGACUUCACACCGGAGGAAAACCCUACACGUGUACAGAAUGUCACAAGGCCUUCAAUACUCGCCAAUCACUGUUCAUACACCAGAAAGAUCAUACUGAUGAAAAAACCUACAAGUGUGGAGACUGUGGCAGAUCAUUUUACUAUCCUUCAAUGCUAAAGCAACAUCAAAAAAUUCAUUCUGGAGAGAAACCCUACAAGUGUGAAGAGUGUGGCAGAGCUUUUUAUGACCCUUCAAACCUAAAUAAACAUCAAAGAUACCAUUUUGGUGAGAAACCAUACAAGUGUGAAGAGUGUGGCAAAUGUUUUUCCUCAGUUUCAUACCUUAGACAACAUCAAGUGAUUCACUCCAAAGACUAUCCCUACAGGUGUGCAGAGUGUGGCAAAGGGUUCUCCUCCUUUGCACACCUUCAGAAACAUCAGAGAGUCCACACUGAAAAGAAACCAUACAAGUGUAAGGAGUGUGGCAAAUGUUUUUGCUCAUCUUCAUCGCUUAGACGACAUCAAGCAAUCCAUUCUGAAGACAGUCCCUAUAAGUGUGCAGAGUGUGGCAAAACUCUUUCCAGUUUUAAAAGACUUAAAGAGCAUCAGACAAUUCAUACUGGAGAGAAAGCAUACAAGUGUGCAGAGUGUGGCAGAUGUUUUUACUUACCUUUAUCUCUUCGGCGACAUCAAACAAUUCACUGUGAAGACAAUCCCUACAGGUGUGGGGACUGUGGCAGAUGUUUUUACUCCUCGUCAUCCCUUAGAGAGCAUCAAACAAUCCAUUCUGAAGACAGUCCCUAUAAGUGUGUAGAAUGUGGCAAACAGUUUUCCUAUUCUAGGAGUCUUCUGGAGCAUCAAACAACUCACUCUGGAGAGAAACCGUACAAGUGCAAGGACUGUGGCAAAGCCUUUCACUAUCAGUCAUCCCUUAGAAAACACAAGAGAGUUCACACCGGAGAGAAACCCUACAAGUGUGAAGCAUGCGGCAGAUGUUUUUCCUGUCCUUCAUCCCUUAGACAACAUAAAAGAAAAAAGAAAAUUCAGGGGGGCUGGAGAGAUGGC